CCAUCCCAAUUUAACGCCUUCGCGCGCUCGGCCGGCUCGACAGCUCCAUCAUCACGGUCCGAGACUUCAACAUCUACAAUAAAAGAGCUCUCAUGCCCUCUGCCGACAUGACCCUCGCGUCCGCCACCCCGGCACCCGCCCGCAAGUCAGGUUCUGCACCCGAGAAGAAAUACAAAUGCCAGUUCUGCAAUCGCGCCUUCAGCAGGAGCGAGCAUCGCAGCCGUCAUGAACGUUCGCACACCAAAGAGCGACCCUUCAAAUGUCUCAAGUGCCGCAGCACUUUCGUCCGCCGCGACCUCCUCCUCCGACACGAUCGUACGGUCCACGCGAAAGAUGGCGGCGUGCCCCUGCACAGCGAAGUGAAGAGGCGGAACACAAAAGCUCCCGAGGUCUCAGCUCCGGGCCCCUCCAAGGCCUCGAUACCCAUCGACACCGCCACCCUCGAGCAGAUCGAAGCCAGCAGCGAUGGCAUGGUCGACAUCGAGACGGCUGCAAUGCUGAUGACGGAUUUCCACCACAAGGCAAUGGCGAGCCAGGAGCCGGACAUGGCCAUCGACGCACCGGCACCCGUGAUUUCUCCCAACGGUCAAUCCCUUCACGAAUCAUCGGGGGCAUACAAUGCUCCAGGCCAGAUGUCAUUGCCGCAAAUGCCCUGGGACUCGAUGGUGCCGCACAAUGUUUCCGAUUCGAAGCCUCAACAGUCUGCCGCCACAUCUGGCGACACGCAUUCUGCCUUCACCAACGCGGGUUCCAUCAACUCUCACCAGCUGCCACCAAUCAUGGAUCGCCAGAUGUCUGGUAACGAAAACAUCGGGCCCUCCUUCCCGUCAAUGAGCAGCUCGGCGCCUGGAAACGGCCUCGGCACUCCCGGUGCUCUUUCGCCCUACCCAUCCAUGCUUGGCCCCGUCUCCCCCGUCGACUAUCGCAGGUCGCCCGGACCUUCCCAGGCCUUGACUGUGACAAAGGCGCCCCAGGUAGAGUCCGAAGAGCAGUUGGCGAAGAUCUACGAGAACAUCAAGAACUUCGACAGCGAAAACGCACUCCUCGAUACCUUCCACCUCCCGAGCUUGAACACGCUCAACAGGCUUCUGAAGACUUACUUCGAUCUGUUCCAUCAUCAUCUUCCGUUCCUGCAUCCGGCAACAUUCCACCCAACAGAAGUGUCUGCCCCUUUGCUUCUUGCUGUCUUGUCGAUCGGAGCGCUCUACAUCUUCGAUCAGGAUCAGGCUUACAUGCUCCACAUUGGCUCGAAGGUCCUUGUUAACCAGUUCUUGCAGAACAAGGAGAACUUCAGCUCCCGCAAGUGCCCGCUAUGGACGAUGCAGAGCAGUCUGUUGAACAUGAUUUUUGCCAGCUGGAGCGGUGACCCCAAGGGACUCGAAUGGGCUUGCUCGAUCAAGAGUUUGUUGGCUAAUAUGGUUGCUGGCAAUCGUUACGAGCUCAAGCUUCGCUCGGAAGCUCGUGAUGGAACACACCCAAGCCACCAAGAGUGGGUGGAAGACGAGCAAUGCCGUCGGACAUAUUACGCUGUGUACAUCUUCUUUGGUCUGCUCACUUUGACCUACAACCACACGCCUGCCAUGGGUUUCAACGAAUUCGAUACGCUCGAGCUCCCGUCUUCUGAGUCACUCUGGACCAUGGAUGUCGCGGAUGAGGGGUCUUUCAGGGAUAGCCUGGCCACGUCGAAGAUCAUCACCUUCCGUCAAGCGCAUGACAAUCUCUUCCAGGGGGAACCUGCCCGCUACAGCGCCUUCGCUACUCGUGUCAUGAUCAACGCCCUCUUCCUCGAGGUCUGGUAUCACAAGCGAAGCCCCGAAGCUCUCCAAGAUGUUGUAACCGAGUACAAACUCCGACUAGCCCUCGAUACAUGGCACAAGUCGUUGGAGCUCUGCGAACCCGAGACUGUUGUUGUGCAGCUGAGCGCUCCUCACAAGGGUCAUCCUCUGAUCUUCAACGCGAUGGCCAUGUACCGCAACACUCGCACUCGUCUUGUCGUAGAUCUCAAGUCCAUCCAGGAAGCUCUCCGUUACCACGACUCUUAUGAGGUAGCGGCCGCUAUGACGAACGCGCGAGACAAGGUUGCGCGUUCCGAGGAGAUGAUCAAGGUCAUUCAGGAGUGCUUCGACUGCAUAGAAGUCGCUGCGGUUCAAGGUAUUCGAUGGGUUGCGCGCACCUCUGCCACCAACUGGAGUAUCGAACAUCCUCUCUGCGGUAUGGAUCUCAUGGUCAUCCUCACGCUCUGGCUCUAUCGUCUGGAACAUGAUGAGGAGCCAGCUACAGAGGAAGAACUGGCCAUGUACAACAAAUUGCGAAGCCUUUUCGACGAUGACUCUGUAGAUGUCUAUGGAGCCAAGCUCAGCUCCACAGUCGCCCGACUGUGGGGAAGCAUGAUCGACGAGGUCGUAGUAUGGGGCAUCACCAAGCUCAUGGGUGAAGCCUUCAAGCUGCAUUCCCAAGCCCUCGUCGGUUAUGAAGACGCCAUGACCGAACGCUCCGGUUCCGGUACGCCUUCAAUGGCACCGGGUGGAGUGCAAGUUCUCGAAGUGCAGAUGGCAUAUUAAAACAGCCACCUCUAAUGCUUUAUCUUUACGACUCACGACUAUUUCUUUUUGGUAUACAUCAUUCUAUCUCCUUCCGCUAGACUGGGCCGUCAUUCCGUCUCUUGUCAUCUCCUCUCUGCAUAUGGGAGCAUGGCUAGGAGUUCGGGCAUUACCCUUUAUUGCAUUCUGGGAGUGGUAAUUUUUUGUUUUGCUUUGCCAUCUCCGAUAUUUCCUGCUUCACUAUACUACGCGGAGUACCUCUGGCGAAC